AUGCUAUGUCCUCAGCCGCCCGCUGAGAAGCAUGAAAGGUCGUUGAACAUACUGGGCCGUCCAAUUCUCAGUCCAGAGAGAAGGUUUGUCGGGCCCAUUUGGACCGGGGAAAGUGUCUCCACAUUGUCUUCCAUUGCAAAAUUACUUCUUAUUCCCCCAACCCAAUUUGUCUCUUCGAAGAACGAAGAACAACUAAACACGCCUGCAAUAGCGCACGCCACAAGGUCCGACGAAGGUGGUCAACGGAGCCAACGUCACAAGAGCUUCUCCAUCUUCACCACACACCACCGGCGGGAGAUAAUAAACACAAGAUAA